UCUCAAGGCAGGUCCACAUGAGUUUGUUUAGCGUGUCUUGAGGAACUCGGUGCUAGAGUAGGGUAAUGGUCUUACUCUGUUGGACAUGUGGUCAUUUUGGCUAAAUUAUACCGGGAAAAUGUUACUUUUCACAAUACUCCUAGCAACAGUGGUCCUUGAAUGCAAUGGACAGGACACGUUUUACUUCAGCACCAAGCCCCGAGACUUGGACGUGGUGGAAGAGACCGAGGUGAAAUUAAUGUGUGAUGUGUCCAAUCGGCGACACAUAAUCUUUCAGUGGAUAGAAAAUGGCAAACAGAUUGAAAACACUACAAGACGAUUCCAAGAAGAUAGUAAUAUGCGGAUUUUACGUGUAUCACGGGACGAGGACAUUGGACCCUUUCAGUGCAUAGCGACUAACGUGACAACAGGAUUCUCCCUCCAGAGCCUGGAGGCACACCUCAAUAUUCAAUGGAUUGCGGAGACGGCAGUGGUGGAACUGAAGCGGCCGAAGAAGGAGGAGCUCUCCCUUGGUGUGGACAUCAUCUUGAAGUGUGUUAUCACCGGCAACCCUGAGCCUUCCAUUCUGUGGUACCACAACAAGUUCAGGUUAUUCAAUACCGAGAGAGUGAAAAUUCUUGAUGGAGGAAGUAGAUUGAAAAUUGCCAAUAUUUCUUCUGCCGAAAAUGGGAUCUACUCCUGUCGAGCUGAGAAUGUGGCAGGAGCAGUGGAUAGCUCAACAAACUUCCUACUCAAUGUUCAAGCUCCCAAUACCCCGCAUUUAUUGGAGGAUCGAUUCACGGCAUAUAAACUGGUCCUAAAGAACAGCCCCGCCCGUCUGGAUUGCGCAUUCCGAGGGGCAAGCCGAAUCGAUUGGUUCUCCAACUAUGAAAAACUGUCCAACACAUCCAGACAUAAGGUUUACAACAAUGGGUCGCUGUAUUUUCCGAAAGUGAGAGCGGCAGAUGAAGGCAGCUACCGAUGUGAGGGCCUCAGCGACAAGGAGCCUGCCCAGACCUUCACCUCCGAGCUGGUCCUUGUGUCCCUGGGAGAAAUUACAUCAGAGACGUUUGAGCCUCGUCUCAGGGCUAAUUAUCCCGUUGUUGUACCUGUCCAUGAAAAGUUUGAGGUCAAGGUCUUCCCACCAGAGGGAAAGCCAAAACCAUCAUUUCGAUUCCUGGACCGAAAUGACCUGGUGGUUGCCUCAGCGGGACCGAUACAUGUGGAUGGCAACAAGCUGGUGUUCGAGAAGCCACAGGAGAUCGACUCGGGCAACUACACCUUCAUCAUCAACAACACCGCAGGAGAGAAGAAGAAGAGUGUCUGGAUCAUGAUAUCAGUGCCACCCUACAUCAGCCGUUCCCCCCAGCCCAAGGAAGUGGAGGAGGAUGAGGGGGUUGACUUCAACUGCCAGGUGGUCGGCACCCCCUACCCCGUCACCACCAUCACCUGGCUCAAGGACAACAGCCCCAUACAUGUGGGUUCUCCACGCCAUAGGAUGAAUCAGCAGUCUGGCGACCUUCAUAUGUCCAAGGUCAUUCUUGAAGAUGCAGGUGACUACGCAUGUGUGGCAGCAACUGAAGGUCAUCCUAUCGUUGUGUCCAGUCGAGCCUAUCUCAAGGUCAAAAGGAAGCUGAAGUUCAGCCCUCAGCCCCAGAACACGCUCCUUGAGCUGCAUGGCUAUGGAAAGGUAGAGUGUCGUGCGGAGGCUGAGACUAGACCUGCCAUCACAUGGGUCAAGCAUGGACCAACCAACCUGGACUCGCUGGAUCAUGUGUAUCAGGAACGCGGAACGCUGUUCUUCCGCAAUGUCCAGAUGACAGACGCUGGAUACUACACCUGUCACGCCACAUCAGGCCAGGUGUUCAUAAACACUACCAUCUUCAUCAAGGUUGUUGAGCGUCCCAAGUUUGCAAUCCGUCCUGAAAACACAACAGCAUUUGAAGGCCACUCUGUGAUGAUCCACUGUCUGACUCUUGGCGACCCCAAACCCCAGGUCGUCUGGGAGCGGAAUGGGGAUCUCAUCCCCCUCGAGUCCCCGAGAUACAAGGUGUUCCCAAAUGGCACCAUCCUGAUUGAGAAGGUGUUCAUGGAGGACAAAGGGAAAUAUGGUUGUGCUGCCAACAAUACAGCAGGUGUCGUCCGUGCCGAAGUCUACCUUCGAAUCACAGAUGAGGUUGAAAGUUUCAACAUGAUGAAGACCAUCAUCAUCGCAGUGUGCAUUGCUGGUGCAUACUUAGCCCUGGUCAUCUCCCUCACGGCAUUCUGCAGUUACCGUCUGCUGCUACAGAGGAAGAAGAGGAAGGGGCUCAUGAAGGCAGAGAAUGGCGAUAUCAACCGUGAACAACAUGAAUUACUGAUGAAGGAUCGAGACUCCGGGACCCAGUUUCGCAGUGACAGUGACAAUCGUUCGCACGUCUCCGGCAUGAGCUCACACCAGUCACAUUCAUCCCAGUCCCAGCAGUCCCGGAGCAGACGGUCAAGCUUUGACCGCUAUCACUUCCCACGCCAGGAUCUGCAAACUCUGGGCAUGAUAGGGAAAGGACAGUACGGCGAUGUGUUUCUGGCCAAGGCACGAGGUAUUCGACAAACUGAGAUAGAAACACUAGUAGUGGUCAAAUCUUUAUUGAUGAAAGACGAACACACAUUUUUCAACUUUCGGCAAGAAAUGGACAUGUAUAGCAAACUUGACCACCCGAAUAUUGUGCGUCUGCUUAGCGUUUGCCGGGAUAUGGAGCCUCAGUUUCUCAUCACAGAAUAUUGUGACUGGGGCGACCUGAAACAGUUUCUCCUGGCUACAAGAAGUGACAAUGGUCGCCGCCCUGCACGGGUCCCACAUCUCACCACCCAGCAGAAAGUAAGUAUGUGUCACCAGGUGGCUCUAGGAAUGGAGCAUCUGACAAAUCAACGAUUUGUUAACAAGGACCUUGCAUGUCGAAACAUUCUCCUCACUUCGCGGCUGGACCUGAAGAUCUCCAAUUUAUCGUUGUGCUUGGAUGUGUACGUUAAUGAAUACUGCCCCCAUAAUGGAGUUCUCCUACCGUUGCGGUGGCUGCCCCCAGAGGCAGUGCACGAGGAGGAAUACACCUCCAAGACUGAUGUGUGGUCGUUUGGUGUUCUUCUGUGGGAGGUGUUUCACUUAGCCGACCUUCCGUACAGACUGAAGAGUGACCAAGAGAUUCUCAAGGAGUUGAAAGGGGGAGAAAUGUCGCUAGAAUUUUCAGAACAAUGUCCUCUUGAGAUAGCAGACAUUGCCAGAAAGUGCAUGACAGAACUGCCACAAGACAGACCAUCAUUCAGUGACCUUUGCAUAUCCAUCAGACUGCUGGACAGUUCUUUCUGACUAGCACCGGGGAGUGGAGGUGGACCAUCUACAGAGGACCGCAAUAGUCUUCAGCCGGACCUUGGGGAGUACCUGCUUUCCCCCAAGGCAAGCGAUCACCACCGGAACAGAUCGGAGCUGCUCCCAGACGGGUCAGAUUCGCAGCUCGGACUCUACUCCCAAUCAGAAUACUCGUCAGAUUCUCAGUCAUCAAGAGUGUUGGACAGGGAUGCGAGGGGCAAGAUGGAUCCACCGCCUCGGUUGGUUGUUCAGUUGCCUCCAUCACAGACGGACUCUGUCUGAUACUCCACGUAAGACCCGAAGCUGUGACAAUCAGACUCUGAUCGAGACGAUUACAGUACAUUCAGACAGUACUUCUGUGAUUUCUGGGGCUAAAGUAUUUAUUCUGACAUUUUUGAUGUGAUGGAGGGUAGUUUACAUCAACUCAUAGAGCAGGGGUAUGGUGGAACCAGCCCACAGAUGGACUUGAAGGUCAUGUGACUGUGUUCAUGUCAGGUGAUCUGUCAUGUGACUGUGAUGUGUGAUAUAUAAAUAGCUCCUUGUGACUGUCACCACAGUGACUGAGUGUGAAGUAUUGACUAUAUGACAAAUUUCAACAAUCAGACUUCAAUCCAAUAAUGACAAUCUUUAUUAUGUUUACAUUUUGUUUGCAUUUUGUCAUGAAAGAAACAAAGUAUUAUUGAAUCUUGAAUGAAUUUGUUUACAAUUUUUACAAAUGUUGACGGAAUGCAAAAUGAAUUUGAAAGGGUAAAUUACUUGCUCCAUGUGAGUGAUGCAGUGCUUAAAAAGUAAUAUAUUUGUAUGAGGCACUGUGGGUAGAUGGAGCCUUGCCUCCGUACCACAGUCUUCUAGCUUGUCUGUGCUACAGUGCUGGUGUCUGGAGCAACCCCAGAUGUAGAUAUUGAAGCAGACGUCGCUCCAGACGGCCAGCAGACGUCAGUCUAUGCUACAGUCAUGUUUAGGUGUAUAAAAUCAUUGUAGAUGGAACUAUUCCUGUGAAGGACAUUGCACUCCGACUGCUUGAAUGGUCUUCAUGAUAAUAUGGCUAGGUAUUUGACAUAAUUUCUUGACUAGUUAUGUGAGUGUAUGUUUUUGUUUUUUAUUCAGUUUACAUGGUGCUGACUGCCUUUUCCUCAUUUUCCAGAAUCUUUCUGCUUUGUUAAUAUGACAAUGGUAGCAUUUUCUGGGUAACUCAGAUGUUUCAAGUGCAGAAAUAUAGAUAUUUCAUGACUUGGUGUUUUUGAAAUUUCAUUAAAAUCAUGAUAACAAGAACUAUCCAUUUGCUUUUGCAACGACACAUCCAGCAUAAUAUGUUGUUAAUUCUAAAGAUAAUUGUAGCAUAAUGCAGUAUGUCUCAUAUUUCACGCGAUCAUGUGUCUGACUUGAAAAAUAUAUAUUGUGUUACGUCUGCUUAUAUGGUAACUUAGCACCAUUGAUAUUUGGGUCAGUCAAAGAUUCCAUUGUUGUCUCAACAGCUCUCAGUUUUAGCUCAAACCAGUGCUCAUAGUUGGGAGGGACAAGCGUCCAAGUCAUGCAUAAUAUAAACAUAUCCCAUAUGUCAUAGAGUGUACAUACACAUCAUGUGAUCAUGUCAUGUGACCAAAGUUGAGUGUACGUUCUCUUAGUGCCAAAUGAACAUCGUGUAGACUGCAGAAACUUGUAGUGGGACACUAGCUGACACAAUGUACGUGCCUUUUUUUGUGAACACUUCCCCCAAAUAUGCCACAAUCCACUGAAAUCCACAGAACACUCCAUUAUGGCAACACUCUAUACAUGGUCUUAGAUUUUAGGUGUUUUUGAAAUGUCCUGUAAAUUUUGUCAAAAGAAAAACUAUCUGUGUUCCAUGUUGCUGCAUGUACUUGCUUUUAGUUGUAACUGUUGUCAGUAAAGUGGAACAUUUCACUGAUUUUAUGGAAUGUACACGAUUUAAAUGUUCAAGGCUAUAUCAAAUUAAGUCUCAACAUGGCCGCCAUGUCGCUGUCGUUUUUGGACCAAGUUUUCUUCUCAUGACGUUAUGGACUCAGAGCUGUAACCUGUCUCAUGGGCUCUGCAUCUGUCCUGGAUACUGUGUUGGAAGUGGGCUGUGAUGUAAAUGUAGGAAACUAGGUCUGCUUGUUCAGUCCAAAUAUCGGCUGGAGAUUAAGUCUUUCAGUAGCAAUAUGCCUUCUGAGGCCACCACGGAAACAAUGGCAGUUUCGUGCAAGCCAGUCUUGGUUUUAAAUGUUGGUUUGGUAGUAGGGAUUUCUGUUUAUGAUGGCAGAUCCUGUUAAUGUUGACAGACAUAUCACUGCUACAAAAGUAACAGUGUGGUUUUAUCUGGAGCUUUGAGAGUGAAAACAACAUGGGUUUCAGAGUGUAGAUGACACUUUGUGAUUAGCAAUGACUGCCAUGCUUGGGUCAGAGAGCAGGUUGACUGUAGCAAACAAUGAACAUAGGCCUUAUAUCCUGGGUUUAUCCUGUAGAUCUUCAUCUCAUGGCCCAGGUUAACUGUAUGACUGCUUUGAAAUGUUCCCAUGUUCCCAGCUGUUUAUGCCCGACUGUUCAGCUGUGUAUGUCACCCAAUGUACAUAUCAGCUUCUGGUCAACGAGACUACCCCACUUCAAGCGUUCUUUUACACCCCUUGAAGUCAAAUCCCAGUCUUCUACAGUCCAAUGGAUCUAGAUAUCCUUCUGUGAAGUUGUACAUGGUGCAGACGUUCACCAUCCUUUCCACUUUCUAUUCUACUGAAUGCUUGUUUCAAAAUUCAACAUUUCUAUUUAGUAUUUGUCCAACAGACAUUGUUGUACCAUUGAGGUUUCUAAUGCAACAUUUGUGCCUAUAUCUGUUGCUCCAGCUUGCACUGUAAGUGUUGAAUGACUGUGUCUGUGGCUACAACCUUCACUAUCAGAUGAUGGCACUGACAGUUAGCUGUGUAUAUAUUGCCUUAUUAUUUGAAAUAAACCUGAUAUCACUAAA